UUCUCGGGCCAGGUGGGUUUGACCAUUGGUUGCCGAAAACCGAAGCCGUUCUUGGAAACAGCCCACUCACCCACACUCAGCCCAAUUCUCACACUCCUUUCCCUUUCUCUUUUUCUCUUUCUUUUCUUUUUCAAGUUUAACCAAAAUCAAUUAACAUGAUUACAAAUGUCUCUUACACUUUCUGCCACUUCACACUAGUCACUCCCUUUUUAUAUAACCUUCUCCUUCUUGAUUCUCUUCUCAAAAGCUAGCCCCUCCUCCAAAAUGCUCUCACCUUUCCCUUUCAAUCUUUGAAACAAAACAAUUAAUCCAUUCCAAAAGUUCAGAGCAUUUGUUUGUUUUUUUGCUUUUGUUUUGAUGGCUGCCAAGGAGGAAUUUGAAGUGGACCAUGUGACCACACCCAUCACUCCAGGGACCAGUUUCUCUCAGCUACUAUUCGGAGAUGACGAUGAUGUUGUUCAUGAUGAGAAAGCAUUUGCUUUUGGUACAGUGGACCAGACGUUCAACAACAACAACAACAACAACCUCUCCACCAAUUCCAGUCUUUUCUCCAUUCACAACACCCCCAAAAUGCUCUGCUUUGGCAACAACUAUCAAAAUGAAGGGGACCUCAUGAACAAUGUAACCCCUCAGAAAUCAUCCAUCAUCACUUCAAGUGACAACAAUUCUUCAUCUGCUUCUAAUUCCUGCAACACCAGCUUCAAUUAUUCCUUACCUAUGUCCAAUAGCUUGCAGAAAAAGCGGAAUGGGUCGGGACAGGAACCGGGGACCACGGCAAACGUUGGACGCCAGAAACCUCCGUAUAAGAAAACCAAAGCAGAGAACCCCACUUCCACCGGACAUGCAAAGAGGAAGGAGAAGCUAGGGGAACGAAUUGCAGCACUACAGCAACUUGUUUCUCCCUUUGGCAAGACAGAUACAGCUUCAGUGCUUCACGAGGCCACUGGUUAUAUAAAAUUUCUACAAGAUCAAGUUCAGGUUCUGUGCUCCCCUUAUCUGCAACGCUUGCCUUCUUGUUCACAACCUGGGGACGGAGAUAACGAUGGAGGAGAGGAAGAAGCAGAGAAGCUGAACCUCAGGAGCAGGGGACUCUGCUUGAUCCCUGUGUCCUGCACCGUACACGUGGCAAGCACCAACGGUGCUGAUUUCUGGUCACCUGGGAACAAUGUGAAGCAGUGAAAUUAGCCAUGAAUCAAUGAAUCAUUUUCAAAUAUUUGUAAUCUUCUUGGGAAAUUGGGGUUUCUGUGUCUGCCCAAAUUGGAGAUGGAAGCAUCACAAGGUAACCUGAUAGAAAAGGUAAAGAAGGAUGACAAUUAACAAGUGGGGUUUGAAGUUCACUCAUGGAGGUACAAAUCAAAGGUCAUGAUUUUGUCUUUAAUUAUGUAACAUCUCUUUUGGGGGGUCCUAUUCUAUAGAAGGAAGAACCUUUUAAGGAAGAAAGGAAAUAGUUUAUGCUAGGAUUUAGGGAUGUGUGGCCUUGAACUAGAAGUCUAGGAUGCCAUAUGUUUUCAAUUAUAUAUACUUUGUCUAUGUAAAUUUCGGUAGGCAAUUAAAUGAAAAUAUUUCAAAAGGGUUAGAUUUUUUAUAGCAAGGAAAAACAAACAAUAAUCAAGUUUUUC